UAGUUUGUGUAGUACAGAUUUUAAAGUUUGUCAGCAUUCGCUGUCUCCUUUUCCUGUUGUUGGUUAUCUGAACCUCUUUUUCAUUAAUCAGAUAUUUCUUAAGAUCAUAAAACAGUCUGUAUUGUUGUUUCAAGUAGAAAACAAUCAUUUGGAAACCUAUUAGUAAGACAUUUUCGUUUGAAACAACCAUUAAGGCACAUAGUAGGGGUCAGAAUGUACAAAUUUCUGAUUGUGAAAUAAAUGAGUCCUAGGAUGUAAUGAACAGCCUGGUGACUAUAGUAUAUAAUUAUGCCUUGCACAUUUGAAAGUUGCUGAGAGACUAGAUCUUUAUAAAAGGGGUAUAUGAUAGGUAAAACAGCUAUUUAAGUCCAAGUGGAGAAGUGAAGUGUACUUGCAUUGAUUAGAAUGCAAGUUAAAAUACCUGUUGAAGAGAUUCGGAGUAAAGCACCUUGAAUAAGAGUCCAGAGGUUUUACACCGGUAAGAAGACCUUUACAGAGCUCUGCAAGCUGACCCCAUGGCGUCCUCUACUACUGUGCCUCUAGGAUUUCACUAUGAAACAAAGUAUGUUGUCCUCAGCUACUUGGGGCUCCUCUCUCAGGAGAAGCUGCAGGAGCAACAUCUUCCGUCACCCCAAGGGGUUCAACAAGAUAUAGCUUCACAGUCUCUGGAUCAAGAAGUUUUAUUAAAAGUUAAAACUGAAAUUGAAGAAGAGCUAAAAUCCCUGGACAAAGACAUUUCUGAAGCCUUUGCCAGCACAGGCUUCGAUCGCCACACUUCGCCUGUGUUCAGCCCCGCGAACCCUGACAGCUCUGUAGAGGACUGCUUGGCUCACCUCGGGGAGAAGGCAUCGCAGGAGCUGAGGGCGCCUCUGCUCAGGGCCUUGCAGACGCUCCUCAGCCGGCCAGUGACAUAUCAGGCAUAUCGGGAAUGUACACUGGAGACCACAGUUCAUGCCAGCGGCUGGAAUAAGAUUUUGGUGCCUCUGAUUUUGCUACGACAAAUGCUUUUGGAGUUGACAAGACGUGGUCAAGAACCUUUGAGCGCGUUGCUGCAGUUUGGUGUGACAUUCCUGGAGGACCAUGCCGCUGAGUUCGUCAUUCAGCAAGGUGGCUGGGGCACCGUCUUUAACCUGGAGGCGGAGGAGGAGGAGUGCCCUGCGGGCGCCGCAGAGGACAGCAACGACAUCUACAUCCUGCCCAGUGAUGGCUCCACGCAUGUCAGCCCGCCGGAGUCCCCUACGGCGGCGACGGCAUCCUGGCAGGCCGAGAGCUUCCCUGUGUCGCUGUCUGCCAGCCAGAGCUGGCGCACCGAGAGCCCACCAGUGUCCCUGGGUCCCGAGUCCUGGCAGCAGGUCACAGUGGACCCUGAAGAAGUCAAGAGCUUGGACAGCAAUGGGGCUGGAGAGAAGAGUGAGAACAACUCUUCCAACUCUGACAUCGUGCAUGUGGAGAAGGAGGAGAUUCCCGAGGGCACAGAGGAGGCGGCCACCACGGCCCCUUCCCUGAUGGCAGCCGGGGGCCGCAGCCCAGAGGGUUCGGCCGUCCCAAGAGCCAGUCCCACGACAUCUCUGUUCGUGGAACUUGGUGAAGAAGAGGCGGGAGCAGCUGCAGCCGAAGCUGCUGAACUGGAGCAGGAGGGCGUCCUGCUGCCAGAGCCCCCAGUGGAGCCCCCAGCAGCCCCAGUGGGCAGAGAGGAGGCGGCCGGAGGGCAGGGGGGGCUCAGGGUAGGGCCCCGCCCGGGCACCCAUGAGGAGGCUGGCCCGCCACCUGAGGGCAAGUCCCUCCUGCUGCCCAAGGGCAAGUCCCUCCUGCUCUUCGGAGGGGCAGCCGCUGUUGCCAUCCUGGCAGUGGCAGUUGGGGUGGCACUGGCUCUGAGAAGGAAAUAGAUUUUUCAGAGAAAGAAGACAAAAAGGAGUAAGGUUUUAGUUGUAUCGACUGAAUUUGAACUGCCAGCAGCAGGUUGGACAUCGAUGGGACACUCUGGGAUCAGGGGGACUUGGGUUAGCAGGGCAGGGGGCCGACCUCCGUGUUAGGGCUCAAGGUGGAGGCUGCGCAUGGCAGUCUGAUUGGAGGUCCCAGGCCUGGGCUCCUGCUAGAUUCAAUGUCUUGUGUGUAAAGUGCUCCCUCGAACCUUGGCGUCCAUGGCACCUGGGUGACUCCUGGUCAUGGGCACCUGUGCACUGUAGGGUGUGUAGCCUCCACCCACCAACCCCAUAGCAUCUGCCCCAGUGGUGACAGCCACACAUCUCCUGAUGUUGCCAAAUGUCCCCCGGGGGUAAUGUCGCCCAGUGAGAGCCACAGCCUCAGAGGGAGAGGGUUCCCAUAGGGGGACCUGAGGGGAAGCCCCAGGCAGGAGGGUCGGCUGUGAGCCCCUUGGCUGCUGACAUGCUCCUGCCUGGAGUCAUCCCUGCCCCGAUGAGCACUGUGCUUUGCAGCUGCUUCUCUCUUCUUGCCACCCUCAGUCCCGCAGCCCAGGUGCUCUGCUGGGUCUCAGCCGCCUCUCAGGUACUGCCCUGCCCUCCUCGCCCCCAGGGUCCCCCAAACAGGGCUCACCCUAUGCUUCCCACAGCUCCCCUUGUACAGAUGCUGCCUUUAGUCAUCUUUUAAAAAUUAAACAUGAAAGAGACCCGGGGCCCCUGCCCGUGACUGUGGGGCAAGUUUGUCUCUCUCGUUCAGAAGCUGGAGGGUGGCUUAGCUGAUCUGUUGAGGUUACUUCUGGCCCUUUUGUCUGUGGCCACCCUUGAGCUGACGGGAACUCACUGGUCGGCAUCGUCUCUCUUGCUGGGCGGUCGCUGUUGGUGACCUGGACUAGCGUUUUCCCAGGUUCUGGCCUCAGCCUUCUUUCCAGUCAUUGCUCCUCUGCAGCCUCUUGCCAGGUGGUGAGGGCUUCCACACAUGGGCUUCCACAUCAGUGAACCCUAACUCAUUCAGUACUUGUCUCCUAAAUAUCACUGAAGUAAAAAGCAGGGAAAGAGAGGCUGCCCUUGAGGUUCUAACUUGACUUUCAGUGUUCCAGAAUGGAGCCCCAAAUGCCGGAGUGACAAACUGUAAUGAUUGCAGUCAGAGUGUGUAGUGGAGACUCAGCAUAGCCUCACCCGCUGACUGCACCCCUCAUGGGGGGACUGUGUCUCUUCAUGCUUGAGGUCAGUCACUGACGGGAUACACAUGCUUGAGACAGGUCAUCUCAGAUUUAUCUUAGUAAAUGUAACAUUACUUUUUAGAUCCUGAAAUUUGUAAUAAAAUUACUUUACCUAUCCUGAUCA